AUGGCCGCCGCAGUCGCCAUUCCCCGGGGCGACGUCUCCGCCAACCUCAACUACUACCAGCCGCCGGCCGACAACUCGCUCCCCUACAACAACAUCGACCCAGCGCCGCCGCUGCCCGAGCGCAACUACUCAGACGUGGUGCAAGCCACCACAAUCCACGACAUCCGCGGCCGCGAGGCCGACUUCUCGCUCGACCGGGACGCCUUCCAGGUGAUCCAAGACGUGCCGCCAUCCGCCGAAACGGCCUUUGCCUCGGACGCCUCCAUCGCCGCCCACUACUACCCCGAGGUCGAGCAGCUGCUGCUCGCGCAGAUCCCGGGCGCGCAGCGCGUCUUCCUCUUUGACCACACGAUCCGGCGGUCCGCCGCCGGCGCCAGCCGCGGGCCCGUCAACCGCGUGCACAUUGACCAGACGGCCAAGUCGGUCGCGCAGCGGGUGCGCCGCUACUUUGGCGACGGCGACGAGGCCGCCGCGCUGCUGCGCGGCCGGUACCGCCUCGUCAACGUGUGGCGCCCGCUCAACCCCGCGCCCGUCGAGAGCAACCCGCUCGCGUUUGCCUCGGCCCGCUCCGUCGACGACGCAGACGUCGUCCCCGUCGAGCACCGCUACAGCAACGGCUACACCGGCGAGACCGCCGCCGUCAGGUACAACCCCGCCCAGCGCUGGUACUACCUCAGCGGCAUGACUGGCAGCGAGCGCCUCCUGCUCGAGUGCUUCGAUAGCGAGUCGCUCAAGCCCGGGUCGACCAUUGCCGGUCGCGCACCGCACACGGCGUUUGCGGACCCUAGGACCCGCGUCGACGCCGAGGGCCGUGAGAGCAUCGAGGUCCGCGCGCUCGUGUUUGGACCGUAG